GACGCAGCAGCAGGCAGAGGCAGCUCUCCGGACACAAACACGGACACGGACACGGACACGAGACCGGGGGUUAAAAAUCUAGAGACUGAAACAAUAAAAAUACUAAACGAUCGCUUUCCCACACACACACAAACACACGUACACGCAUACACCAAUGCAUAGACUGAGAAACAGGCAGAGGACACGGAGGACUGAGACCCUGUCGAGGACUUUUGCGUCUGUUAACAGAAACAUUUGAAUUUAAAUGCGAAACGUUGAUCAAACGGUGCAGACGUGUCUCUCUGUCUCUCGGUUGUGCUCGCCAGCGGAAAAUCUCCGUUUUCCUCAACAACCACAGAUUUUCGUGGCACUUGGCCCGCAGUUUCAUUGAGUGAACUAUAGACUGGUGGAAAAGAUAAGAUUGAAGUGUGAUUAAAUAAAUUAAGAACUAAGUUACCAAAAAUAAGUGCCAUGUCUUCCUCCGAGGCUGAAGUCGAUAUCAGUGUGGUGUCCAGUCCCGAGCCGAGUCCUUUGGGUGCCGCCGGAAUGAGCAACGGCCGCGAUAGUCCGCUGGAGCGUUCGCCGGCUCGUUCCGCCGACGGUAGCACGCCACCGGCCACCCCAACGCACCGCUCCACGCCCAACACAGCCGCCGGCACGCCCACAUCCUCGUCGGCGGCCACAACGGGCCACUACCACCACAGUCCCAAUGGAGGCGCCGUGCCGCCGGCGGUGUUGCACCACCAUCUGCAACAUCAUCUGAGCACGCUGGGCGGCCAUCCGGUGGCACUGCAUCAUGCGCUGCACAGUUUCGGCCAUCUGCAUUCCGGACAUCCGGUCACACAUCCCGCACUGCUGCAGCACGCCCUGACCCCCACAGCCCACCACCAGCAUAUACAGCAGCAGCUUGGGGAACGGCUCAGUCCGCCGCCCAAGUCGCCGGAGCGGAAUGGCUGCGAGGAGCUGCAGGGGCACAGCCUGAACAACAACAACAGCAAGACAUUGAACCACAACAACACUUGCGCCUCGGCUGCGGCGGCAGCGGUGGCGGCGGCCGCAGCGGCCUCCAUUGGGGCCAACAGCAACGACAGCAAUGGGAGCAGUAACGGGAACAAGGCCACCACGGGAUCGAACGGCUUCACCAGCUUCUCCAUCUCCAGCAUCCUGAGCCGCAGCGAGCCGGCCAAGAAAAACGGCGCCUCCACGCUGAUAACGCCGAUCCCGCAACUGCCACACCCGGGUCCUGGCGGGCCCCAGGACGCAGCCAUGCUCUCCAGACUGGGCUUUAUUUCGCAAUGGGGAGCCCUGGCCGGGCGCUACGCAGCCCUCUGUCCGCCCGGCUGGCCCUGGGCCCCACAGCGCCUGCCGUUCCACAGUCCCACUCAUGACAGCUCCUCCACAAACACCACUGAGAACCCCCCCUCGCCCACCCCCAUGAGCCCCAGCCAGAGCAGCAACAACAACAACAACAACAGCAGCAGCACUGCCAACACGAACGGGUCGAGCCAAGCCAGCAGCAAGUCGCCCCCGCCCGGAGUGGGUGUCCCGCACCACCACCCACUCUACCAGCCCCAUCAGCAGCACCAGCACCAGCAACAGCAGCAGCAGCAACAGCAUCCACAGCAGCAGCACCCACAACAGCAUCCACAUCAGCCCAGCACGCCCACCAGCAGCAACAGCGGCAGCAGUGGCCUGGCACACCAUCCGCACCAUAUGGCCGGAUCGCAUUCCGGGUACAUGCUGCCCACCAGCUCCAAUGAGUCGGACGACGAUGGCGAGGAGAUCAUCGAGGAGGACGACGGCACGGAUGGACCCUCGGACAGCUCCUCGCCGCAUGGCGAUGGCAAUGGCUCCAAGCGCAAGAAGAAGACGAGGACCGUGUUCUCGCGGGCGCAGGUCUUUCAGCUGGAGUCCACGUUCGACAUGAAACGGUACCUCAGCUCGUCGGAGCGCGCCGGUCUGGCCGCCUCGCUGCGCCUCACCGAGACCCAGGUGAAGAUCUGGUUUCAGAAUCGUCGCAACAAAUGGAAGCGUCAGCUGGCCGCCGAGCUGGAGGCCGCCAACAUGGCUAACAUGGCGCAUGCGGCCCAGCGCCUGGUGCGUGUCCCGGUGCUCUACCACGACGGGACAACAGCUGGCUUCGUUCCGCCACCGCCGCCACACCACCACCCGAUGCAGUAUUAUGCAGCGGCCGCCGCACGCAACACCAGCCCCCCGCGGCCGCCGCUGUCGUCGCUUGUAUAGGGCGUGGGGUGCCUGGCGGCG